GUUAGUUCAACAGCAGUCAUCAUGUAGAGCACAGAAUAACAUUUCAUGGAUCCUUUCAAAGCGGUUGGGAAUUUUAUGAUGCCGGCGUAGCCAAUCAGCAAUGAUGAAUGACACGGGGCUUCGGAGGAUCCUCCCUGACCAGUCAUCAGGGAGUGGACACACCUUUGGCACUCCACGCCACCCAAGCAUCAUCGACCCUAUCCUAUCAAAGAGGGUCUGCUUCUACAAAAGUGGAGAUCCUCAGUUCAAUGGUCUGCGCAUGGUCAUCAACAACCGUACCUUUAAAACAUUUGAUGCGCUCCUGGACAGUCUCUCUAAAAAAGUUCCUCUGCCAUUUGGGGUGAGGAACAUUACCACUCCUCGUGGGGUUCAUGCAAUCUAUACCUUGGAUGAACUGGAGGAUGGUAAAUCCUACAUCUGCUCUGACAGCCGCAAGGUAAAACCUAUCGAUCUGGCACUGGCCAGGAAGAAGCCGCCGCCCUGGUACCACACCAGGCCUGUUAGUUCCCAUCGUCGGACUGUGCAGCAGGCCAGGUUUUUCCCCGGUCAGAACAUCCACAAGGAGCUGGUGUUUGUGCGCACACCAAGGAGGCUACUGGUUUUUCGCAAUGGUGACCCCACUGUAAAACACUCUGUGGUGCUUCACAAGAGGACUACACCCACUUUUGAGUCCAUCCUGGAAUAUAUUUCAGAGCUGAUCCAGUUCCAUGUGGUGAAACUACACACACCUGAUGGCAGACGUGUGGAUGGUCUUCCAGGCUUGAUAUUGUGCUCUGGUACUGUAGUGGCUGCAGGCAGGGAGCCAUUCAGGCCUGCAAAUUACAAUGCACAGAAAUCACCAGCUCCAACAAUGCUGCCUAUCAAUCGAAUGGGUCUCAGAAGACUAAAGGCUUUAAACCGUAAAAAGAAGUCACGAUCAUAUACUUCAAAGUCAAGAAAUUUCUCCCCCUCAUCUGAGAAGUACAUCGUGAAUCAGAUCCAUAACUCCAUCGCAGAAGGUUCAUGUGACCUACCCAGUAACCCCACAAACUCUGUUGAGUUGGAUUCGGGUCGUAUACUGGAGUCAGUAGCAGAAACGGAGUGCUUGCUGCCCACAGAGGACGACAUUGAGAAGUCCUUUAGAGUGAACCAAGAUGGUAGCAUGACAGUGGAGAUGAGGGUGCGGCUGACAAUUAAAGAAGAGGAAACCAUCCAUUGGACGACCACUCUAAAACGCUCAAGUGUAGCCAAUCAGCUUAAUGCGACCUGUCUACCCGAGCAUGAGUCAGGGCAGGAGAUUGGCUCACUAAAAUCAAACUCACUGGAUUUACAAAGUCCCGCUGCCUCCAUCGACACCAUCAACAAGGACAAAACUGAGGAUAACAAUGACGAGGAUCCACCAUCGCUGGGCAAUGGAGCUUUCAGUGAAAGUAGUAAUGAAGAGGAUAACAUCAAAGUACAGAUGGAUGUGGUGUCCCCUAGGAGAGCUCCUACACCAGGGCACAAGCAAAUUAGAAAAAAGCAACCCUCUAUGGAAAGCAUAAAAUCAGUGACAGCAGGGAUGGUUGGUUCUUACUCCUACAGAGAGCAGACAGAAGAUGGAGCCAUGACAGACCAGUACUACAUGGUCAAACAGAGUAGCACUAGACCAGUGCCCAAACCUAGAAGACUUGGCUCUGUAGAUGCCAACAAUAUAAACAGCAGAAAUUUAUCCACAUUCAAAACAGCAGGGAUGACUGAAAUCCUACAGAUUGAAUCCAGAGAGGAGGCCACUGAAACUGUCUUACAUAUAUAUGAACAGCACACCUGCCAGGAUAAUUUCCUUGCAAACCUUUGUGCACAAGGUAUGUCUGCUUCUGGGGUUCCUUUAUGUAGGCCAGCUACCUCAGACACUGGACAGCUCUCCUCCAAUAAUGAGUUUGAACCUGAGCUCUGGAGACCGUCGACAGCUUCUGAGUCAAUUAGCAUCUGGAGAGCUGAGAGCAUGUCACUAACAUCUGAUUUAACCUUGCCCUCACUUCAGACUGGUGCAAGUCAAGGAUCAAAUGCUCAGCAACGAUUCCCAAAGCCCACUCAAGGCAAAGACAAGCCCCGACAAAGAGAGGUCGAUAAAUAUAAGAGGGUAUCCUCGAAACCCAAAGUGAUCAACAAACGUGCCUGUCGGCUUAUGUCACCAGGGAAAAGAAAAAAUGAAAAUUCUGCAGAAGCAACCGAGAAACGUAAGAAAGUGAAAACUUUCUCUAGCGCUGGGUUCAUUAAGAAAAUUUAUGGGACUAAAAUCAAAUUAGCAAAGAGCAUGAUGAAGCUUAAAAAGGGACCAACACAAAAUGGAGAUGGGGGUGUUACACCAAAGAGCUCACAACAGUCGGAUGACACAAUAAAAUGUAUUCUCAAAGACCCAAAUAUACCAUCAGCAUUGAAAGAAAACACUAGUGAGACGGUUUCUUUUGAAAAAAGCAGGCUGAAUGUUGCUCCCAAUGAAGUAAGCCAACCACGGGGAACACUGACACGGCAGACAUCAAUGCAUCAGGAGAAAAAUAACACAAACGAGUCCUAUGAUGUCAGCGAAAGCUUAUCACUGCCUGCUUUUAUCUCCUCCAGCUCUGUUACUAAAGAAUAUGUGGCACACUGGCUGGAGAAAGCCAAUCUUAACCCCACAGCCCACCCAGAUGAGGAAAGCAAAACAUUAGAAGCAAAAGCUGUUGCUCGUGUACAAACAGAAAAUGGCAGGUGUGGGGAGUCUGAAAAUAAGAAUGGCUUGAUGAUUGUGGCAGAGGAGGUAAAAUAUUUGGAGGAGACAUCAGAAAAACAAACGUGUCAAACUCUCAAAACUGACCUACUGCCUGAGAAUGUACAAGGAGCUUCUGUCAAACAGAAAAUCCAGUCCUUUGAAAACAAAUCAAGUCAAUCAACAGAGAAAACCACAGUCAAUCAGCAAAUUGUCCAUAGUCAUACAACUACUACAAACACAGAAAACUACACUAGUUUAGCUCAGAAUAAUAUAGAAGAAAUAACGCAUCUCUCGAAUCAUAUCUGUUCUGAAAUAAUUUCACCAACCAAUAAGACCUCAACAGAAAUGCCAUCAAGCAGUGAAGUGGAAAAUAAAUCAAGUCCAAUCAAAAUCUCACUUCAAAAAGCAACACCUUCCAAUACACUUUCAAUGGAGCUACCACCACCACCGCCACCUGCUGAAAAUACAGACCUAUCAAACUCUGAAUAUUGCGUGAUGGAUCUAUCCUCCGUGGCCAGCAGCCCAUUAUACAGGCUCUCAUCAGUGAGCAGUCAAAUGUCAGAUAAUCAUCCAUUAUCCAUCAGUCCUACAUCUGACAAGGCCAUAUCACCUACCGACCACACAAUGGAAAUGACAACAUCAGUUCAGACUGACAUUCCUUCCACGCUGGGAGAAGCACCAUUACCAAGAACUCCAUCUAUUAAAAGGGCCCCUUUGGUUAGUAAUCUGUCUCUUGACAGGAAAAUGUCUCUCAGAAAGGCUCGUCUCGAUAAAUAUACUUUAUGUAGCGAUGCCACUUCAGAGACAACCACAUCACCUACUCCCAUCAACAUAGCAGGUGAUAAUGUGCUGCCAAACGGCAUCUGUUCAACAGGGACACAACAACCGAGUGAAACCCCACCAGAAGAGAUACAGCACUCAAACAGCAUAUUCGAUUUGGGAAAUAGUCUGACAUGUUGUACUUCCACAUCUCCUAAUAGUUCAACAUCUGAAGAGAGAAUGUCAUCAGCCAGUAUUUCAUCAAAUGAGACUCCAACACCAAGUGAUCUUCCAUUUAAAGAGACAAAAAUGAAUAAAACACAAUUUUUAACUCAAAAAGAGGCAUCAUCACCUAAAGCCUUGGUGAAAAAAGUUAAGCUUAUGAGCAGUCCAUCUCCAGAGAGAAAAUCCCAAACCAAGAAAUUAUCUAUUGAACAUCCUCAUAACUUUUCGAAAUUACCAUCAUUACAUAACCACCCUCCUGAUAAAACUAUGUUGCCAAAUAUUGGAACACGAAAACAUGCAACACCAAAUGCUAGCCCCUCCACUGAGAGAAAGCUUUAUAAACCUAAAUUGCAAAAGAGACCGUCUCCAUAUUCUCAGUCUCUGGACAUGGUGUCACCACCUGUCAGACACAAGUCAAGUAGAAAGUUGCUCUCCAGAAAUCUCUCCUCAGACAAUGCAUCAGAGCCGACAACUAAGACACAAAGGAAAACAUCAUCCGAAAGAAAGGGUCACCAAACACCACAUUCAAUAAAAUCGGCAGCUGAACUGGACAGAACACUAACUUGUAACACUCUCGUGCCAUUGGGAGCUGAUCAGAGUGAUGACAAUAAGGUGAACAAGACAGAUGACCUCAUAACAGCAAGUCAAGAGAACUCCAUGACAGAAACACAAAUAAUGCCACAGCCAUUAAACAUUGCAAAUCAGCCAAACAUGAAACCAGUGCUUGAGGAGAUUUACUAUUCAAUAAAGUCAAUUAGACAAAUUACACAGAACAAACGUCCAUCAUGUUUGGAAAAGUCCAAUAGUCUGCCUGACUUCUCCUCUCAUGUGGCCUCUACGUUUGGCUCAUCAACUAAAGCUCUCCUUGCUUUCUUGUCUGUCAUGACUCUAAAGGAAGGCAUAACUAACCUAAAUAUGGAUGUGCUGAAUGCAAACAAUGUCAGCUGUGCUGAGGCUUUAAAAAUGAUUGAUUCUCUCAGAGAAAUUGCCAGCAUUGAGGAUUCCCACAAGUUAAAAGUUAGUUUGUCAGAUUUACAGCAGUCAGCUUCGAAGCAGCUCCUGCGAAGUUGGAAGGGCUUUCAGGAGCUCAAGAGUCGCAGCUCAACACCAAAUGAUUCACAGCAAGAACUCGUAGCUGAGGCUAGUCCUGAAAAAGAAUGUGGCAUUGAUGAAAAUGUUAUUGAUGAGAUCAUGGAUAAUCUUGACAUACCUGAGAAGCUCAAGGACGAACUGGCCUCUCUUUCAGUGGGUGUCAAAAGUGACAGUGACGAUAAAGAAAAGAUGUCUGCCAGGAUUAUCGAAAAAGUGGAACUGUCACCAAAAGAUCACAGUAAUGCUAAGAUAUCCCAUUUCUCCACAGAAGAUGGUGUUAAUGUCAGGGAUGUUACUCAAGAUGAGAAAGCUAAUGUUGAUGUGAGCUCCAUCAUUAAAAAAUUCACAGACAUUACCCAGCCAAAACAAUCCAGCACAGGUAGUAUAGCAGAGACAGCGAAGCACAAACCAACUGACCAGGCAACUAAAGACAAGGACAGCCAAUAUGGGCAGAAUGGUGUGGCCAAAUGUCCACCAACUGAACCUAAUGAACCUAAACAGAUACCUGAAGAAAGGCAGCUUUACAGUACAGUAUUGUUUGUAAAAGAGAACAGGGAGGGUAUGCAGUCAUGUAUGGAUGCAGUAAAUCAAGAAAAUCAGGGAGAGAAAAAACAGCAGCAAGGCCACAAUGAAGACAAAUCAAAUGAAGAAAAGGCAAACCUGAAUAGAGUAGUGAACAGCAAGAAAAAUCUUGAACAAGAAAGUUGUACCUCUGAGGUAGAGGAGCAAGACAUGGAAGGUAAUCAGCUGCAGAUGCACAGUGAGGAGAGCAUGAGUAUCCCUGACAAUGAGCUUACCCAUGAUGACGAGUCAGGUUCGGAACAGGAAGGGCAGAACAUGUCAAGCGCCAAUAAAGAUUUAGAGCAGAAAGUGAGUUGUGAGCGAAGUGUAUCUAGCUCAGAAGGAGGUGAGCAACAUAGUUCAGAAGAGGAACCAGAAGUUGAAUGUGAGGAGAUACAACAGGAGAGCAGGGAAAGUGACAGCUUGUCCAACCCUGAAAGUUACUCUGAGGAGGAAGAGGACAAGCAACCAAACUCCAAUAACGAUGUAGAACUCAAUGUAAGAGGGAAGGAGAGAAUAUCCAGCCCAGAUAGUCAAAACAAGUCUUUGUCAGAGGAAGAGGCUGAAUGUAAGGAGCUCAGCAACAAAGAUGCUUUGUCUAACCCAACAAGUCCAUCUAACUCAGAGAAGGAACAGCAGAGUCAAGCAGGCUGUAUGGGAGUGAAUGUCAGUGUUGACAAAAGCACAUGUAACUCAGAUGUGGAUGAGCCAUCAUCAGAGGAAGAGCAGCCUGAGGUUGAAUGUAAGGAACUAAAGGUUAUCAUUGAAGAAAGUUUGUCUGGCAAUGAGGAAGAGCAGGAGAGCAUGGGGGAGGAAGAACACCUUGAUGAUCUUCCAGAUCAAACAAAAAAAUGUAAAGAGUUAAAGGCUUUGAUAGAAGACACAGAGGAGGACCAGGUCAGCUCAGAUGAUGAGGACCACCAUGCUGAUAAAACACAAAUUUGUGAUAAGACUAGAAGUCAGAAUACUGUAGAAGGGGAUCUAAGCUGUUUGAUAGAAAAUCAGGAUUCAUAUAUCAAGAAAGACAAUAGCAGUUUGAUAAUGUCUGACAGUUUAACAAAGCGUUAUAGAUUUAAUGCAGAUGAGGAUAGUGGGAAUGACCACAGUAGCUGUGAAGAACAUGUAGAGGUAGAACAACCAAAGGUUGAAGGUGAACAAAUUACCAGCUCAAUUGAAGAAGAAUUGAGCAACUAUGAAAAAGAGUUCAGCUCAGGGGAGGAAGAUGUUAAUAUAGACAGAUACAUAAAAGAGAGCUGUACAGAAUAUCAGGAAGCUCCUGCAUUGGCAACACAGCCUGAAGUUACAAAAUGUGAAAAGGUUGUGGAAAAACUAAAGUAUCGAUCUGAAGAAAUAGUAUCCCAAUCUGUAGCAGAGAGAGUAAUUCUUCUGGAAAAGCAAGUUGCUGAUGCCCAGAAGAGAAAAAAUACAACAGAAAGUUCUCCCAAGAGACGUUUCUCACAAAGAAAUGUCUGUCUUGAGUUGGAUGUUGAGGAUUCACCCUCCGAAUUGCCCACAUCUCAGUCGGCUCUCAGCACCCGAUCAGCUCCUCAGUCAUCAUUAUCUUUCAGCUACGAUUCCAGUGGUGUUAUAACCUCAGAGCCUGAAGGCAACAGGGUCAGAUCCAUCAGGGAAAUGUUCCUGGCAAAGAGUGCCACAGAUAUCCAGCCUGGACAUAGACGUUUCCCAAGCCCGAACGCAUCAGAUCUAUCUGAGUUAAGAGCAGAGACCUCAGCUAGUGGCGGGUAUCAGUCUCAGAUCUCAAGUGAGCUUUCAAGCGGUGAAGACGAUUCAGCAAGGAAAUCCAUCACUAAAGGUUUUGUAAGAAGAACAAUUGAAAGGCUUUAUGGCAAGAAAGAUGCUAAUCCUGAUGAGGAAGCAAGUGAAAGGCCCCCAUCUGCACCAAAACAGAAAAAGAAAGAACAUUCAAGCAUUUUCUCUCCUUUCCACAAAGCUGGGUCCAAAGCAAUGUCUGAGUUGUCUUACUUCAAUUCCGCUAAUGCACUGGACACCUUAAGUGAAGCAACUCGUUGUGUUGCUUUUAAUGCACAAGUCGGGCCCAAAGACAGUGUCCCUAUUGAUAAUGGACAAUGGCUCCUUGGAGGGAACACACUGAUCAGAAAGUCUGUUUCAGACCCAGUUGGAAUAAACAAAACCUUCACAAACUCUCCUCAAGGCGAAGGGAUGUGCGAGGAUACAGAAGAGAACACACCGUAUUCCCUUUUCAGCACAACAUCUGAACUGGAAGACAAGAAGUCAUUUUCAAGGAAGUGCACCUACUUUUCUUUGCCCCAUGCCAGUGACUCAGAUGCAUGUCAGGAUGACCUGAGCAUAGUUAGCAAGAGCAGUGCGAAUGGUGACAGUCUCACAGAUACAAAGGACAAUUCAGAGGACACCAAAAUGUGGGCAGAGAGGAAUGGCACACUGCCAGGUAUUGGUCUUGCUGACUUUAAGAUGAUGGAUAACAAAGUGCACCCGUUGACAGAGCUUCCACCUGAUGGUGAGGUUGUAGUUGUGCAGCCUGGGAAAGGUCAGGGUGUUAUGAACAGAAGACUUCAGGAGCCUGACAUGUUGGACUUACUGUACAAUUUUUGUGGUCAGAAUUGUCCCAUCCUCUAAGGACAUUUUCUUUUAGCUUUUUAAAACACAAUCACAAAACAAGGACCAAGGACCUUUUUGUCUAAAUAAGUGUACAUUGUUGGGCUAUAGUAUAAUAUAUUGUCUUUGGUGCCUAAUUUUUGAUGUUGCCAUAGCCUUGGCAUAAUACACUAUCAUAUGUAAACUCAUUUGAGCUAACUACCGAACGUGUAACAAUGUGUCACCGAUGCACAAGCCAAUGGAUUUACCUUUAUUCAACCUUCAUAUUUUACCAUGCAUGUUAAGAGCUUGUGAUCAAUUUGUCCAUUUGUACGCCUUCUUUAGUGUAAACUUAGUGAAUGUUUUUUCGUAACAACUUGUGUUUUUGCCACGCACACUCCAAAGCAGCUCUUUUCUUCUUAUGGGUUUGCCUGUCAACAAAACAUGUACCCAGAGCAUUACUGUAAUCUUGUUUUAAAACUCUUAAAACAGAUCAAGUCCCCGCAGAUGUCAGGCAAUAAGGCCAAUCCCUACUGCACUUAGUGAACGGGUCAGUUUGUAGUUGCAGAAAUUAUCAGUUAAUACUCUGUGUGAUGCUGGAUUUAACGUUGUUUUGUAUAUUGGUUGUCUAAAGUGUAAAUAAGAUAUUUACUGAUUUUCACUAAGUAACCAUAGGUUAACACAUAUUUACGAUAACCUGACCUUUAUAAUUAGGAUAAUGGGUUUAUGGUUUUCAAUGUGGCAGCUGUGACAAUUUUGUCUCUUUAAAUUGAUGUGUAAGAAUAAAAGUGUGUAUUUACAAA